ACACUUUGUUUACAAAUGGCGUCGUCAAACGUUGAAUAUUACCAAAAACAAAAAGAUUUGCAAGAUUUUAUUCUUGAUAAUGAACAGAAAAGAAAGCGACUAGAAGCCCAGCUUCAAGCUUAUUGCCAAUCAGAUGAGAAGAUGGCCAAGCUGCGUGCAGUGAAGCUGCAGAGCUACUGGAGGCGAAUCUGUGAGGACGAGCGGAGGAGCAAGCAGAGGAACGCUCAGCUCCUGAGAGACCUCGACAGGAUGGAGGCAAACAUGGCAACCCUCGAUGCACGCAGGGAGAAACUCAAACACAUGAAGGAACAGUACUUUGACUAUAUUGAAAGAACAUACCCAAAGUGGCGAGAGUUGGUUGAACAGAAGAAACAAGAGCAUAUGAAUAAACAACAACAGCAACAACAGCAUCAACAGCCGCAGCAUCAUGGCUAUUACUCAGAAUCACAGCAAGAAAUGAAUGGAGAUACUGCUCCACAGAGCUACGAACAACAAAAGCCAAGUACAACAUCAACACCAGCAACACCCUCACGUACAGCAGCAAAAAGCUUCAGUUCUCAAGGUCAGGAAUCCAGACAGCAAACUCUGCCCAAGCACCAGGAGGCCUUCCUGACACAGCCCUCCUAUGAGGAUGAUGAAGAUGAUGAGGACGUCCCCCCACCCCUCCCCUCCUCUCCACCCCCGGGCCAAGAGAGCCUCAGGGACAGUAACAAGCGGGCAUUAACGUCAGAUUUGCCAGAGAGAGAAUACUCAAACUUGAACAACUUCAGAAGAGAAACUCCUAGUGCACAACCCCCCUCAGUGCCACAGUCAGUGACUGUGCACAUGCCCAAAGUGCAGGGGGAGGUGAAUUCACCAGCCAAAUCUCGGCAAGAUGGCACUGGGAGGAGAAUGGAACAGCCCAGUCCUAACUGGUUGGCACCAGAGAAGGACAACAGUGUGCAAAGCAUCAGUUUUAGUGAAGAUGCAGAGGUCCCAAUUCAGCCUGUACAGAGUGUGACUGUCAGACAGAAAAAUGAUGUGCAGAAAAAGCCAGCAACAAUGGCACCUGUAUCCGACGAUGAUGUCAGCGAUUUUGAAGAUGAUCCUGACCUCCCUAGUGGGGCAGGGCCUGAGGAUGGCCGGGUAGAACCAGAACCCACCAUGGACACACCUGAUGAGGAUGAUGAUACCAUGUCUGAUCAGCCCCCAUCCCCUGUGCACCCAGAGGUCACUACGGCGGGGCUGGUGAGGCUCCUCAAGCAUGUUGAGGGGGACCUAGAGGAGGCCCUGGCACUUGAAGGCUACUACCGAACACGCAGUCCGGAUGAGGCACACAGAAAACACAUAAUACAUAAAGCUAACACGUCCGGUGACCUGGGGGGUCUGGAUGGGGAGCUGGUGAGCAUGGUGGUAUUACAUCAGCUGACCCUGGUGAUACGACGCCUUCCUGGGGCAUGUAUGCUCUCUGAUACACUGCUCGUGCAGGGCAAGAAAAACAUGACUGAUGCCGACAUUAGACGGAACCUGCAUCGUGAUGCCCAAGAGUUGUGGGACAAGUUACUUGAGCAUUUUGUGAUUCUCGUAGAGAGCCAUGUGAUGGGGACUCGAGAGGUGGCCCACAUCUUUGUUCCAUGCAUGGUGCACGAGGGCUCUCACUACCAGGAAAUUGCUGUCGCAGCAUUGGAAAAUGUUAUAGAACGGUUAUUGGAGAAGGAAGAGGGGCCAGUAUCGCCAGGGAGACAGGAUAGUGUUACUCUGGAUACAGCACAUAGCAGCCAGCAGGGGGGAGUGAUUUAUGAAAAUCUCAACUAUGCAGUUCCGCCACUCAAGUUUGGCAGUCUUAUUGAUAGUAAGCGAUUUAGCGACGAUGAAUCAAGCAUGAUUACUCAAAGCAUGACCACAGACAAUGGUCCUAAAGUGCCACUGAAUGAGACGGAUGCGUACAAGAGUCUGGUAAGUGGCACGUUACCACGGCAUCCAGUUCACCAUGGGGACGAUACAGACAACUCUGACAAUGAGCUGGAGAAGCAGAUAGCCUCUACUCUGUCUCCACGUAGCACUGGGAGCAUAACUCCUAAGUCUCCUAAAAAGCCAAAUGAGAAAAACGAGAAAUCAGGAGAUUUUGUAAUGACUUUCACACCUAGAAGUCAGAAUAGUAAACACAAUCCCGACCCCUUAGUCCCCUCUAGUGGCCCCAAUGAGGCGUCACAUGACGAGGCACAUGAUCAGGAGCCUCUUUCUGAGAUGAGUUCCCCUUUGGAGUCCCCUGUGUAUGUCCCUACAGGGGCUCAAAUGGGUUUGAACAAGCCCAGUACACUGAAGUCUGUUCUUGGGUCAACUGGAGGAUCAAGUCAACAAAGGAAAAUAGCGGUAAUGAUCAGUUCGGACCUGGAUUCAGACGGUGAGGUAGACAUUGAUCACAUGGUACAAAAGAAGGAAGAAGAGGACGAUGACUUUGACUUUUACGGUUGACAUGUGGGUGACGUCAAUAGUUGUGUACAUGACAUGGUGUGCUAUGCCACAACAUUCCGUGUAUUUUGAUUGUGAUUCUCAAGGACAUGAAGGUCUCAUUUUAACACUAGCUAGUGAUAUUUUAGAAAGUAUAUAUUCUUUAUUUUCAUUUGAUAAUGUCAAAUAUUCAUUGUUUAUUUUUCAAAAUAAGAAUGUAUGCUAAGUGUUUGACGUUGAACUUAUAAAAAGCAUCAGUUUAAUUGAGUGGUUGUAUUGACAUGCUAAUUUAUAAAGUCUUUUUAUACAACUUUGCACUGAUAUUUGUAAAUAGGUUCAGUAUUAAUAAUGAUUUGUGAUUUUCAUAAUUUGCAAUCUAAAAAAGUAAUAAAAUAGAGAAUAAAAGUACUAUUUUUUACUCUGCUAGUAAAAUAUAAAUGUGAAAAUAUCAUUAGAUAUGUUGUAUUUCCUGCAUUGCAGGGGUAGGUGUAGUUUCAUCUGUAUUCAUACUGAAUCAUUUGCAUAAGAUGUAGAGAAAUGUAUAAACAUUACAUCAACUUAA